AUGAGCUCAUUCUACGUCGACGAGGCCAAGGGCUCGGAUACCGCCGGGAAGGGUACUGAGAACCAGCCAUACCAAAGCUUGGCCUACGCUCUCUUUACUCAUGGUCAAGAUGCGAAGUUACUUGUACCAAAGGACGGCGCAUGGGAGGAACCGUCACAGAGCGCGCUGAAGAAGGCGAAAAAGGGCGCUGAUGGCCUGGAGAAGAAGCGCAAGAAGGCCGAAGAGCUCGCCGCGCGCGACGCGGAGGCCAAGGCGAAGGAGGGCGAGAAACGGGAAAAGUUGAUCGAGGAAAGCAAGAAGAUCGUGCUCACCGAGGAUGCAUCGCUUCCAAAAGCGACAAAGUCGAAGAUCAACCAACUCGCAUCACUCCGCGACCAGCGUGUCCGCGUCAAUGGUUGGGCACAUCGAAUCCGUGAUCAGGGCGGUAUCAUCUUCAUCACUGUCCGCGACGGGACUGGCUACCUUCAGUGUGUCCUUUCUGGCAACCCUGCUAAAACCUACGACGCGUUGACAUUGACAGUCGAGUCGACUGUUGAAGUUGUUGGCACACUCAAAGCAGUUCCUGAAGGAAAGACAGCUCCCGGUGGACACGAGUUAUCUGUCGACUACUGGCGGGUUCUUGGGAAGGCACCCGGUGGUGAUGAAGCCUUUACCAACCGCUUCAACGAGAAAUCUGACCCGUCCAUUCUCGCCGACUUGAGGCACUUCGUCAUCCGGGGAGAGAACGCCUCGAACGUGCUUCGCCUCCGUUCAGCAUUGCUCAACUCGUUCCGCUCAGAAUAUGCCAAAAUGAACAUCACCGAAGUCAACACGCCUUGUAUCGUUCAGACGCAGGUUGAAGGUGGCGCAACGCUCUUCGGGCUCAACUACUACGGCCAGCCGGCCUAUCUCACGCAGAGUUCACAACUUUACCUCGAGACAUGUCUUCCCGCUCUUGGCGAUGUGUUCACUGUUCAGGAGAGCUUCCGCGCCGAGAACAGUCACACGCGCCGUCAUCUGGCCGAGUAUACACACUUGGAGGGCGAGCUCGGCUUCAUCACGUUCGAUGAUCUCAUGGACCAUAUCGAGGCCAUUAUCUGUAACACCGUUGACGCGCUCGUGCAGGAUGAGGCGUCUUCGGCACUCAUCCAGCAACUUAACCCCGGGUUUAAGCCGCCGGCGCGACCCUUCAAGCGUAUGUCGUACGUGGACGCUAUUGCGUGGCUUGUCGAACACAAGAUACAACAUGAGAAGGAGGACGCGGAUGGGAACGCCGUGCUUGAUGAGCAGGGCAAGCCGGUAAUGGUCGAUCAUGCCGUCGGCGACGACAUCGCGGAGGCAGCCGAGCGCCAGAUGACUGAUAUCAUCGGCACGCCAAUCUUCCUGCACAGUUUCCCCGCCGAGCUCAAGGCCUUCUACAUGAAGAAGAUCCCGGGGCAGGAAAACUCCAACCAUAUCUACACGGAGAGUUGCGAUCUACUCAUGCCCGGCGUCGGAGAAAUCGUCGGAGGCUCAAUGCGCAUCGCUGACCACGACGAGCUCAUGGCUGCAUACAAACGCGAGGGCAUGGAUCCCACCCCGUACUUCUGGUACGUAGACCAACGCAAAUACGGUACAUGCGAACACGGCGGUUAUGGGCUUGGUGUGGAGCGCUUCCUGGCCUGGCUCGCCAACCGUUAUACCGUCAGGGAAUGCGCUCUGUAUCCGAGAUGGCCGGGUCGUGCGACGCCCUGA